AUGCACCAGGACCGGCUAGCCGACGGUGUAGGCAUACAAUUUGAAGAUGAAGAUAUGCUCAAGAUUCCCGUUCGAGACAUCGACGACAAUGGCACUGCCACCAAGAGAAACUUGAUUUCCAUUGAUGUUUUGAGAGAUUGGAUUGGCGAUACGUUUGAACCGGACGCGACCAAUUUGACUGAAGGAAAUGGCCAUGUGAUGCCGUCACUCCUCGAAUUUCUGCACGCUUACGGCUCUGAGUCCGGGAAGCGUGAGGUUCGGUUUAGCGGAUUCCGCACCGAGAUCGACUUGGGAAGCACCGCUAUUGCUAUUCACUCACUUGGUCGCAGCUCAGACCGUUUCCAGGUCGUUUAUAACCUCAAAGCAGUAAGCUACGAUCUGGACCUUGACGAGAUUAAUCGCGUGGUCAUACGGCAAGCCACUAUAUAUCACCAAGUCGAUAUCGGGACCGGUAAGCAGCUGUGGAUCCUAGGAGAUCCGAGCGCAAAGCUCAAAUCCAUCGUUGGUAGCAAGUAUGGCACAAACAGCAACCAUCGUACGCAGUUCGAGAAUCCUUUCAAGGCCAGUCUUGAUAUUCACCUGAUGUGGACCACAUGGGCCAUCUCACAAUGGUCAUUGAUUAUCCAGAUUAUGGAUAAAAAAGUUGAUGAGUUGAGUAUGACUGAUAAUUUUGACCUUGAAAAGUCUAUUGCAGCGAGUAUGAAUCCUAGCAAAGAGGUGGCUCGUCUUAUCGAGGCAUACCAGAGGGUGAUGCAAGAGACUGCAGCCGCCGCCAACGCAAAUUGCACAACCAUGACUUCUCUGUCACGGUUCUACGUCAAUUUCCGUCGAGCUCAGAACCGCCUGGCUACAUUCCCCAAAAGGGCUAUCAAUUCCUUUGUAACGGAAAUUGACAAGAACAUUCAUGAUAUGAAACUCCACCAUAGCCACUUGCUCAUGCUUGGCAGUAUCCUUAAAGAUUCAACUGCCAGCAUGCAAGGAACUAAAUGUCACAACGACAAGAUCCGCGAACAUCUCCACAUGCAAGCAACGGAGGAAGCAACGAAGCAACAAGAGACCAUAAGUGAAAAGCAAAAAAAGCUAGCCAAACGACAGGAGGCUGUUAGUAGGAGCAUGUGGGAGCAAACGCUUCGCAACUCCCAGGAAACUUCCGCUAUGCGAAUAAUUACCAUCAUCACAUUAGUCUAUUUACCACCGACGUUUGUUUCUGUAAGCGCUAGCUCAUUCACCUACCCUUUGAAGGAAGAGGAGGGCAAAAGGCCUUCAGAAAAUAGCGCAGGCGAAGCUGACUUGGAUUACUUCUUCCGUUUACAGACAUUUUUCAGCACCGACAUUGUGAAAUAUCAGAAUGGCGAGAGCUACUCGGCCCUUGCAUUGGGACGCUGGUGGUCUGUGACAGGGCCUUUAAUGGGGGUCACAUUGCUCAUCGUGGGUCUAUGGUUUAUGGUAGAGUCUCGCUGGAGGAAAGAGGAAAGGAAGCAACUUGAAGCACGGUAUCCGGGUGUUUUCGUGGAAGAAGUCGAGGAGAGAGAGUAA